AUGGAACAUAUAUUAUUGCCUGCACCACCUAAACUCCCCAACCGUGAAGUCCGAAUGAUCACCGAAGGGAAAGUGGACGGGACCUCCAACAGGGCUAGAAAAACGGUAAUCAGAGCUGCAAGAGGUAAAGCAGGGCAGGUGAUGGUGAUUACCCACACGCCUAACGAUCCCGAGAUCUCCUUCGGGCCUAAGGAUGAAAGGCCACUGAUACACCCACACACGAACGCCCUGGUAUGCACGGUCGAAUUGGCAUUAUGCUUAGUCCAUCGAACUUUCGUAGACACAGAGAGCUCUGUCAACAUCCUAUACCAGGAUUGUCUGGAAGCCGUGAAUAUAAAUGCACAACUAAAACAAACCACCGAUCCCCUUUAUGGGUUCCCAGGAGAGAUGGUGAUGCCGGCAGGACAGAUUGAGCUUCCGCUCACGAUGGGAAGCCCUGCGGCCAAGCAAACAAGAAUAGUGGAAUUCUUGGUAAUCAGCCAAACAAAACCUGCGUACAAUGUAAUCUUGGGACGGCCUACCCUAGAUGCAUUCAGAGCAGUGGUGUCAAUGUAUUAUCUGAAGAUGAAAUUUCCGAUUGAGGGGGGAAUAGGCGAGGUAUAUGGUAAUCAGCUAGCCGCCAAGGAAUGUUAUGCCCAAACGGUCAGCCAAUAA